AUGGGCAGCCUGCCCGCCGACGAGGCGCCGCCCGAAAACGACAUCAUGCAGCUGGCCCGCAUCGGCGACGUGGCCGGCAUGGAGAAGCUGUUUGCCUCGGGCGAGUACGACGCCACGUACAGCGACGACGAGGGCAUCACGCCCUUACAUUGGGCCGCCAUCAACAACCAGUACGCCAUGUGCGCGUUCCUCAUCGAGCACGGCGCCGAGCUCAACAAGAAGGGCGGCGAGUCGGUCGCCACGCCUCUGCAGUGGGCGGCCCAGCGAUGCCACUACUAUACCGUCAACCUGCUGCUGCAGCGCGGCGCGGACCCCCUCAUCACCGACUCCCAGGGCUACAACACGCUGCACAUCUCCACCUUCAACGGCAACGUGCUGCUCAUCGUCCUGCUGCUGCACCAGGGCAUCCCCGUCGACGUCCUCGACAGCUACGGCCACACGGCGCUCAUGUGGGCCGCCUACAAGGGCUUCCCGCAGCUGGUUGACGUCUUCCUGCGCUGGGGGGCCAAUGUCCACGCCACGGACGAGCAGGGCUUCACGCCGCUGCACUGGGCGCUGGUCAAGGGUAACGCCGCCUGCGUCCUCAAGAUGAUCGAGUACGGCGCCGACCGCUUUGCCAAGACGGACACGGGCAAGACGCCGGCGCUGACGGCCACGGAGCUCAACACCACGGCGGCCUGGCACCGGGCCCUGCGCGAGUGCGGCUACGACGAGGACGGCCAUGUUGCGACGCCCCCGUGGCCCGGCGCGAGCUACUUUCUCAAGGACAAGAAGGCCUUUCUCACCCGCUUCCUGUUCCUGUGGCCCUUUCUGAUGGUGUGGCUGGUGCUGGUGACUCUGUCCGGCUUUCCCGUCUACUUUGGCCUGCCGCUGGCUGUAGGCGUGGCGUAUGGCUUGCUGUGGGUGGCCAAGCAGGUGCUGGAGUAUGCUCCUUCGGAUAUGCGCGCAUUCCACAAGACUCCGUGGAUGGCGGGCAUCUUUGCCGGAUCUCUGUUCCUAGUCGGCGUUAAUUGGCUCUUCUACGUCCUGCCGGCAACCAUAGGGUGGCAGGGCUCCUCUUCCCACCUCCUCCUGAACCUUGCCUUUGCAGCCGCCUUUGGCUUGACCACCUUUUUCUACAUUGCCUCGAUCCGAUACGACCCCGGUUUUGUGCCCAAGAUGAACGGCAUUGCCGAGCAGAGGGCCGUCAUCGACGAGCUGCUCAAGUCGUGGAAGUUUGACGAGUCCAACUUUUGCGUCGUCUGCAUGAUCCGCACGCCCUUGCGAAGCAAGCAUUGUCGUCGGUGUCAGCGAUGCGUGGCCAAGCACGACCACCACUGUCCAUGGGUGUACAACUGCGUUGGCGUCAACAACCACCGCCAGUUCUUCUUCUAUCUCAUCUUCCUUACCAUUGGCAUUCCGCUAUAUGACUGGCUUUUGUACUACUAUUAUGAACAGAUUACACCCUCAGCCUCCGAGUCUUGCACCCUCUUCGGCCCUAACAUCUGCCGAUAUAUCAAUGCCGACUCCUACACGCUCCUCCUCGCCAUGUGGGCAUCUCUUCAGCUGCUAUGGGUCUCCAUGUUGCUCUUCACGCAGUUCAUUCAAGUCGCGCGUGCCAUGACCACGUACGAGAACAUGACGGGCAUUCGUGCUAACACCUCGUUGUCCACGGCCUUUACAUCCACAGGCGCUCCUCUCGACCCCAACCACCCGUCCCUUUCGGCCCCUGCUGCGCCAGCAAGCGGCCACGCCCACGGUCACAAGCACAAGGGCGGACUGUUGAAGCAGUGGAGCCAGCUGCUAGGCGUUGAUCCCUUUAUUGAGACGAUUACCGGCCGCGGCGCGGCUACGACUAAGAACAAGCGUAAGAAGAAGAACCCCUACAGCAGGGGCUGCGUUACAAACUGCAAGGACUUUUGGUGCGAUCCUGCACCCAUCUUCAGCCAGCGCGAAUCUGGAUAUGCAAUGCUCGGUGGCGACAAGGUCGACUACACAGCCAUGUAUGAGACGCCGGCUCUCAUGAACAUUACCGGAAUGAGACGAGGCGGCUACGAGGCAGUGCAGACUGAAGAGGAGGUUUGA